UUUAUAUUUCCGGUUUAUUAGUGCUCUCUGAUUCGUUGUUUUGCGAAUAGCGAAUCAGAUUUCGGGAAAUUGACAUCAUUGUUGACAUGUUUGGGGAGUUUCAAGUUUGGAGCCGGGUUCGAAAUUAGUUUACAGUGGUAAGUGCAAUAGGAAGAAGUAGAAAUCUAUAAUAUUUUUGUAUUAACGGGAUAUUCUAGUGUUUGUAAAUUAAUUAGUUAGAUAUGGAGCAACAUAAAGACAUCGAACAACACGCAUUUAACAUUAAAAGGGAAGUAGAUUCGGUGGAUGAUUUCGAACAUUUAGGACACGACUCAAGUCCUUUACAGGAUUUGUUGGGUUUGCAACAAGACAAAGAGGUGACAGCACCUGAAACAGUCCAUGAAAUCAAUAACACGCCCAAGACUGCGGUGAGUCAUCAGGCCGGUGCUUCCAAAUUAUUACAUUCUUUGCAAAAUCCACUGAUUCCCGAAAAAAUGAAUAGAAAUCUACUGGAAGACGAUUUCCUGGAUAGAGGCGAAGGUAAAGAAAAAUUAGAUCAAUUUUUACAGGAUGCAGCAAUACCCCCUGCUACUUCUGUCUUCGAUCACGGAAAUAAUAAAUUAUUCUCUGCAAAUCUAAUAGAAGCUGAAAAAUUCAUUGAGCCUGAGAAAAAAGAAGUUGAUCACUUCUUGGAUUUCGAACAGGAGCAUCCUGAACCCGUUAAACCUAAAGAAACUGUGAGACAUGAGAUCUUUGAAGAUGCUUUUAAGUCAGAUGUACCUGCAUUAGUUCCCGAAAUUAGUAAGGAACCAAUAGUUCCAGUACAACCUGCACCUCCAAAACCUCAACCAGAGAAAAUUGUACCAUCUGCUCCUGUUACAGUGUCAGCUCCAGAGAAGAAAGUAGAACCCGAAAAAAUCAUCAAAAAAGUAGAAGAAAAACCUGAGAAGAUAAUCAAAAAAGUAGAAGAAAAACCAGUACCAGUAGUUACUCCUGCUAAAAUUGCACCUACUGAUGCAGCAGCUAUAUUCUGUAAAAUGGGCCUAGAUGCAUGGUUUAAUCCUGAGAAAUUGGAUCCUAAAGUGGAGAGUCUGAUCUACUGGCGUGAUCCCAAGAAAUCUGGUCCAGUCUUUGGAGGAGUCCUCGUAGUUCUACUCGCUCUCACAUAUUUCUCUCUAAUCAGUGUGGUAGCGUACGUUUCACUCAUCGCCCUCGGCGUCACUUUAGCUUUUAGGAUUUACAAAAGUAUUGUACAAGCUGUUCAAAAGACUGGUGAUGGACAUCCAUUCAAAGAAUAUCUGGAACUCGAUAUAUCGCUACCGCAGGAAAAAGUCAAACAGAUCACAGAAGUGGCCAUUGCACAUAUCAAUGCCGCUAUCGUGGAACUUAGAAGAUUAUUCUUGGUCGAAGAUUUGGUAGAUUCCAUCAAAUUCGCAGUAUUGUUAUGGACUCUUACCUAUGUGGGAGCGUGGUUCAACGGAAUGACUCUAAUUAUUCUCGCUUGGGUCGCCCUCUUCACUCUUCCAAAAGUUUACGAAGUGAAUAAGACUCAAAUCGAUGCCAAUUUGGAGAUUGUUCGGACAAAAUUGGCUGAAAUUACUUCAAAGAUAAAGGCAGCAAUACCGAUGGGCAAGAAAGCCGAAGAAAAGAAGGAACAAUAGAUUUAACAACAUCUAUCAGACUAUAUUACUAUACAUAUAUUAAUUUAUUGUUGUUUCUUUAUUCCAUUAAACGUUCUUAUGUAAUGUUUCUAAAUAUAAUUAGUGUACAUAUAUAAGAUGUUAUUUUAA